GGAGAUGUGAAGAAGUAAUUUCGCACUCCAUUUUUAUCAUUAGUUUUUCUAGCACACUAUGUUUACUACAGCAGUCAAAAACAAGAAUAUCUUACAAGUCGGAAUGGGUUCGGCCAGACGGUUAUCGUCGAUCACCAAGUUCGACACCAAGAAGUUUGUUCAAUCGCUUCAACAAAAUGGGGGGUUCAACGCGCAACAAGCAGAAACAGCCGUCAAUAUUGUUAACAAAGCCAUUAACGAUGGAAUCUAUUCGAUCACCCGUAACUUGGUCACCAAAGAAACUCUAUCGUCAACUGCGUAUGAGCAGAAGGUUGACUUUGCCAAAUUGAAAGGAGAGCUACAGACCAUGGAUAAGUCUGAGUUUAAUAACCUUAAGAAAGAACAAGAGCAGUUAAAGACGGAUCUAACCAAUCUUAAAAACCGUAUAAAGGAGGAGAUCACCAAGAAUCAAGCGGGUGUGAGGCUUGACUUAAACUUGGAAAAGGGGCGGAUAAGAGAAGAAAACUCAACUCAUGAACUGAAGAUCGAAGAUACUUACACCAGAAUUGACGAGGAAAUCGCCAAUAUGCAAAUGCAAAUCAAGCAGGUCAAAACCCAGGUCAUGCAAUGGUUGAUCGGUGUGAGUUCUGGUACGUUUGCCUUGCUUUUGGCAUUUAUUCGUUUCUUUGGUUAAAUU